UAGAGUGAUCAUGUUUUGGAAGACUUCCACUACCUUAGAUCUCUGUUUGAACAGUUCUGAAAAUGCAACCUAGAUUGAAUGCAGCACAUUGAUAGAGAUGCCCAUAUGCUUAUUUGAUAGAGGUGUUAAAAUUUCUUGAACAUCCUUGUCUAGUUUUCAUAGUAAUAUAAUUUAAAGAAGCUGGACAGAGUGAUCAUCUUUUGCAAGACUUCCACUAACUUACUUAUUUGUUUGUUAUUGGUCUAGAAAACUCUUUCCUUCAAACUACUACUAUCUAAACUUAUUUCAUUGUCGGAUCAUAUACCCAUGCACUAGUUCGGAGAAGAAUCUGCCACUGGGUCUAGUAAUAUGUAUAAGUUUGAGUGCAGAAGUCUUAAAGUGCAUCAAAUUCACUCUCAAGUUUCUGAUUUCUGAGCUCUCUCACAUUCUCAACACGGUACACAAAUUGCAAUUUGGACAGCACCAAGAUUUCCAGUACUUCAAGAGAACUCAACACAUCAGUUAUUUGUAUACAUUCAGCUGUUUCAUUUCAUCCAGGUAUCAACAAUGCAGUUUAAUUUGAUAUAAAAUCAUCAUCUGAUCAAUUUUGAUUUUGCAUUGCGGUUAUAGUGGGUGGAAAGUGAUUCAGGUCUAUGGUGUAGUAGUCUAGUUGUUGUAGGAUAUAUUUCUCAUCAUGAUACUAUGGGAUUCAGCACAGGUUACGGUUCUGUUUCUUCCUUGAUGAGAUCUUUACAGGGUUUUUAGAACAUAGUGGGCAGCAAUCUGUCUAUUCCAUUAGGCCGUCUCACGGCCGCUCGAACAGGAACCAUUAUAUACUCCAGAGUACAAUACUUGUCUAAAUUUAUAUCUUCAAUUCUUUUCUGUAUCAAGGUUGAGGACGAGUAAUCAAAUUGCGGAACGCAAAGAUUGGAACUUACGGAAUAAUGAUGAGAUUGGUGGACAAGGUAGCCAUAAUCACAGGAGGAGCUAGAGGAAUCGGAUUGGCGACCUGUAAGCUGUUCAAUGAGCAUGGCGCAAAGGUUAUAAUUGCAGAUGUGAAUGAGGAGCAUGGUCGAGCAGCAGCUUUGCAGUUGGGGCCCAGCGUGCUGUACAAAAGAACAGAUGUCACUCUUGAGGCAGAAAUUCAAUCCACCGUCGAAUUCGCGGUGAAAGAAUUCGGCAAGCUGGACAUAAUGUUCAACAAUGCGGGAGUCAUAACGCCGCCGGAUGAUAAGUUGGAAAACUUGGACCUCAUCGAGUACGAUCGAUACACCUCUAUCAUGGUCAGAGGCGUUCUGUGCGGCAUCAAGCAUGCUGCAAGAGCCAUGAUUCCCCGUAGAAGUGGAGUCAUUCUGACCACCGCAAGCGUGGCCGCAGUCAUGACAGGGCCAGACCUGCCCUUGAUCUACAACCUCAACAAACAUGCUCUUCCGGGAAUCACCAAAAUCGCAGCUUUCCAUCUUGGAGGAAAGGGAAUCCGAGUGAACUGCAUAUCCCCACACAGUGUUCCCACCGGGAUGGUUAUUGAUUACAUGCAGUCUCUGGGUCGAGAAGUUGAAGAGGAGAAACUCAUCGCUGGCUACACCAAAAAGUCUCCCCUAUUGGACAAGCACUGCACUCGAGAAGACAUAGCAGCUGCCGCUCUGUUUCUUUGCAGCAACGAUUCCAAUUUCAUCUCUGGUCAGAACUUGGUGGUGGAUGCAGGCUUUUGUAACUUCAAGAUCUUCGGUUCUGUUGAAGACUGAUUCACUAGCGUGAGCUGCCUUGAUGCAUACUCAUCAUGAUCAGUUUCGUUCAGAUCACAUAAUGAAAUCUGUCAAGAUAAUGCUCAACAUGCAACCUCGUGAUCUGACUAUAAAACAUACUAGUGCUAGACUAGUUUGACAGAUAGGAUGACCUUCGGUGGUAUAUGUGAGUGGUAGAGACGUUGUUUUGCUAUCCAUUGCCUCUCGUGAUGAUCUUGUGAAGAACUUUAGUCUUAUAUCACAAGAAACAUGCAAUGUCCUGAACUGUCAAUGCAAGAGACAU